AUGAAAAAAGCUAUUCCCAAAAAGCUUACGAAAGAGCUUAUCUGUGCCUUUGAAGCCACAAGCAACAGAGAUAUCGACGAAGCCAUCCUAGAUGAUGCAGCACGUCAUAUCAUUGAAUCUGUCAGUGACACUAGCAGUACGAUGCUGCAAAAGGUGAGUGACGACGACGUUAGCUCUUACCAGUCGUACACCAUCAGACGACUGGACCAGAAGGAGCAAAACGUUCCCGAUACUGACCAGGAGUGUGGUCUCUACGAGGCCAGUGACCUUCUCCUUGGAGACCACCUGUGUGAAAAGUCCACGACCAUCAAGUGGAUCGAUGUGUCCCUGUCUCAGAACAGAAAUAGACGGCUGAGAAACCACUCGAAGCUGGUCGAGAUUCGGGAGAUGAAUCCAGAUUCCACAGACACUUUCGAGGAGAAUCUUGUGGACGACUUCUAUCCCAAACGGCCAGACGACAUGGAGGAAAUCUGCCUCUAUGAUUCGCCGAACCUCAUUGAAGAGGGGGAGACUGCCGAGAGUGCUUUUGAACGGCACUUGGAAGAGAACGAUGCACUCAACACACACUCUGAAAAGCUUCAACGGAUGUUGAUGGCUAGAGAGCGUGUGCAGAAGAUCAAUGAGGCCAGGAGAGCACAGCAGGAAGACGUUGGUGCAGACCCUGGCCCAGUUGAGGAUGACGAAGGUCCUCAGGUGGCAGGUGAGGCAACGUCGGCCAUAAACGACGUGCUUGACCUGCACCAGAACAAUGAAAGUGACGGACCUACCCUGGAGGAACUAGUUCAGUCACUGAACACCGACCAGGCUAGGGUGUACGAACACGUGAAAUCUCUCCUCGAGCACCAGCUGACUCAUGAGAUAAAGCAGUGCAGUUGUACGGACCUCAAACCACUGCACAUGUUUGUCAGCGGGGUGGGAGGCACGGGCAAGUCUUUCCUGAUCAAGACUGUCCGUGCACUUGUAACAAAGAUGUGGGAGUGCGAAACACAGUCCACUGGACUGGCAGCAUGA